UCCUUUUCAGUACAUAACUUGAUCUCGUUUUCAAAAACAUUCAUAAAUUCCGAAUCUUUGCUCUGUACUUUCGUCUUCUCCUACGUUGUCCUCUGCCGUUUGAUCCAUAUAAACCUCGUACAUCAACAAACAACGCCCAUCAAUCUCUCUUAAAGAUACCCAAAUCAGAUGGCAAUGCAAGCAGAAAAUCCUGCUGGUGUUCUUCCGAGUGCUCAAGUUGUUGGCAAUGCGUUCGUGGAGCAGUACUAUCAUAUUCUCCAUCAGUCUCCCGAAUUAGUUCAUAAGUUUUAUCAGGAUUCAAGCAUCUUAAGCAGGCCAGAUGCAAACGGUCUGAUGAGUUCCGUGACAACUAUGCAAGCGAUUGAUGAGAAGAUCCAGUCCCUUGAUUACAAGAACUAUAAGGCAGAGAUUAAAACGGCAGAUGCACAAGAUUCACAUCAGUCGGGGGUAAUCGUUCUAGUGACCGGAUGUUUAACUGGGAAAGACAACGUCAAAAGGAAAUUUGCACAAACGUUCUUUCUUGCUCCACAAGAAAAGGGCUACUUUGUUCAAAAUGAUGUAUUUAGGUAUGUUGAGGAGAGAGAACCACUGGAGAAUCCUUCUCCAUCCGUUGAGAAUAUUGUAGACAGUGCUUCAGCAGAUCUUGCCGUAAAAAGUUCAGAUGAUAACCCCACAAAUGAGACCGCAACAAACGUAGCAACCGAAGAUCUUAAUAUCAGGCCAGAUGUUUGUGACCCUGAGGAUAAAGAAGGAUCAGGGUCGGGUCUUGAGGAAGAAGUUGCGGAUGAACCUGCUCUAGUUCAGAAAAGCCCGAACGUAGCGGGUCCUGUUCAGAAACCAGAUUCUUCUGCAACCCUAGAUGAGAAGAAAUCAUAUGCUUCAAUUGUGAGGGUAACCAAGAUUUCUGGAUCAUCGGGUACUGGUCAUGGUCAAACGGGCAGUUUAAGGUGGGCCCCUGCUAACACUGAUCAACACAAAUCUAGGCCCGCAAAGCCUUCUCCGGAACCAGAAACAUUAGUCCCUGUGGUUGUUAAUGGUCCUGAAAGCAACAACGUUAAUGAUGAUGAAGGUCACUCCAUAUAUGUACGGAAUUUACCAAUGAAUGCAACUGUCGCACAACUGGAAGAGGAAUUUAAAAAGUUUGGGCCCAUAAAAAGCAACGGUAUCCAAGUCAGAAGUAAUAAGCAACAGGGAUUCUGUUUCGGAUUUGUGGAAUUCGAGUCAUUGGAUUCCAUGCAUAAUGCUAUCAAGGCACCUUCCAUGACAAUCGGGAACCGCCAGGUGGUAGUUGAAGAAAAGAGAACUACAACACGAGUUGGCGGCAGUGGUGGUGGAAGAGGACGCUACUCCUCUGGAAGAGGCGGUGGUUUCAGGGGUCGUGGUGGUUACUUUGGAGGCCGAAAUUCUGGCAGAAAUGAGUUUAGAUACCAAGGCGAGUUUCCCAACCGUUCAAAGGGUCCAACAGGACGAAAUUCAGAGGUCUAUCAAAGAGUUGACCAGAACAAUGGCGGCCGAUACACUCAUCAACCAAAUAAAGAAUCCAAUUCCACACAGUAAUCACAAGCAAUGAGGCCUCCAAUCAAAAUUUUGACCAUAAAUUUAGAUUUAUUGUUAAUUUUAUUUUCAAGUUGCACAAAAUUUCAACCUUUUUAUAGACUAUUGGUGUUUGAUUUGGAUCUUUAUAGCACCCUUUUUGCUAAAAGUAGAAUUAAUUUUUUACAGGGUUAAA